GGCCGCAGCCACGGCGGGGCGCUGCGAAGCCGGCCAGCCCUUCCCGGCUGCUCGCUCCUCUCCCGGCCGCCUCCAGCUGCCCCGCCCCCGGCGCGGCGUCAGCGCUCGGCGGCCGGGGAGCGACGCUCUAGGCUGUCAGCUCGGUGGUUUCCAGCUCUCCGCGACCGCAGGGCUGGGGCGACCAGAAAAGCCAGACUAAUCAGGACGAGUUCGGGCGUGGGAUUGGGCCUGAAGCCCUCACGCCCAGCCAGGCCUGAAUGCCCCAGACCCCACCGUCACCCCCGUGGCCUGGAUGGAGCAGGGGACGGCCGGCGAAGGCGCGGGGUGGAAGGGGAGCGGCGACGAAGGCGCGAGGAGCUGACUGGGAAUCCCCAAGCUACCCGAGGCAAGACACUGAACUUGAGUCGCACUUUUCAUGCCUGUAAAAAUGAGAAUGACAGCUGUGAUAAAAAAAAUUCAUCUGGGCGAUAUCUGGAACUUGGCGGUGGAUGAGGAGGGCUGCUCGCUGGCUGCGGCUGAGGCUCGGUCACCGUGUAGAGAGGCCCAGGGAGAGCUGCUUCACUCAAGUCCUGUCAAGUCAAGGCAGCCGGGAUUUGUCCACAUCUAAGGCGAAAGAGAAUGAAAGACGUAGAUAACCUCAAAAGUAUAAAAGAAGAAUGGGUUUGUGAAACAGGAUCUGAUAAUCAACCUCUUGGUAAUAAUCAACAAUCAAAUUGUGAAUAUUUUGUUGAUAGCCUUUUUGAGGAAGCUCAGAAGGUUAGUUCCAAAUGUGUGUCUCCCGCUGAACAGAAGAAACAGGUAGAUGUAAAUAUAAAAUUAUGGAAAAAUGGAUUCACCGUCAACAACGAUUUCAGAAGUUAUUCCGAUGGUGCCAGUCAGCAGUUUUUGAACUCCAUCAAAAAGGGGGAAUUACCUUCAGAAUUACAGGGAAUUUUUGAUAAAGAAGAGGUGGACGUUAAAGUUGAAGACAAGAAAAAUGAAAUAUGUUUGUCUACGAAGCCUGUGUUCCAGCCCUUUUCAGGACAGGGUCACAGACUAGGAAGUGCCACACCAAAAAUUGUUUCUAAAGCAAAGAAUAUUGAAAUUGAAAAUAAAAAUAAUUUGUCUGCUGUUCCACUGAACAACUUGGAACCCAUUACUAAUAUACAGAUCUGGUUGGCCAAUGGAAAAAGGAUUGUCCAGAAAUUUAACAUUUCUCAUAGAGUAAGCCAUAUCAAAGACUUCAUUGAAAAAUACCAAGGAUCUCAAAGAAGUCCUCCGUUUUCCCUGGCAACAGCUCUUCCUGUCCUCAGGUUGCUAGAUGAGACACUCACACUGGAAGAAGCAGAUUUACAGAAUGCUGUCAUCAUUCAGAGACUCCAAAAAACUGCAUCUUUUAGAGAACUUUCAGAGCACUGAUUUUUGAUAGACUAAGUGGAAAAUUUGCAGAGAAAUGAUGGUUGUAAGUGGACAUGCAAACCAAAAUUGGGGAUUGGAGAAGUCAGACUCACUAGACUUUUGGUUCGAGUACUAUUGAACUCUCUCCUGAUGAGAAGAUGUUUAGAUAAGUACAAGUUAAGAAAGUAGCAUAUGACUGGAAACUAUAUUCAGUGCACUUUCUCCAAAAGACUACCCAGAAAAAUACACUUAUUUUCAAAUACCAGUUAUCAAGAUAUAUUAAAUAGCUGUAUUGUUUAGAAUCUUAAUAUGGUAUAAAUUAGCAUAUGUAUUCACAAUAUUCAUUCAGACAUCAUUCCCAGACAGCAGGGAUUUAUUUAAAUGUUAGCUGUCUGAGUUUUUAAAUAGCUAAUACGACCGGGUACAGUGGUUCAUGCCUGUAAUCCCAGAACUUCGGGAGGCCAAGACAGGCAGAUCACGAGGUCAACAGAUUGAGACCAUCCUGGCAAACAUGUGAAACCCCAUCUCUAGUAAAAAUACAAAAAUUAGCUGGGCGUGGCGGUGCGCAACUGUAGUCCCAGCUACUCGGGAGGCUGAGGCAGGAGAAUCUCUUGAACCUGGGAGGUGUAGGUUGCAGUGAGCUGAGAUUGAGCAACUGCACUCCAGCUUGGCGACAGAGCAAGACCCCCUCUCAAAAAUAAAUAAAAUAAAGUAAAAUAAAUAUAAAUAAUUGUGGCCGGGUGCAGUGGCUCAUGCCUGUAAUCCCAGCACUUUGGGAGGCUGAGAUGGGAGGAUCACUUGAAGCCAGGAGUUUAAAACCAGAAUGGUCAACAGAGUGAGACCCCUGUCUAUAUAUUUUUUUAAUUUAAAAAAUAAAAGAAUAAAAUUGUGUAGCUCAGUAUAGUAUCAAGAUUAAUCUGCCUACUCACAUUUCUACACUUUAUAAAAAUGUAAUAAAAGAAAAUUAUCUUUCUAGAAA